AUGGGUAUUUGUGCAUCUUCUCAACACUCGACGACAAAGGGCGGAAACUCGAGCCGACCGCCACCUACUACCAAAAUCAUACAUCCAAAUGGAAAGCUUCAAGAAUUCAGGCAACCCAUCAAAGCCUCCCUUCUUCUCUCUCAGAAUCCGGAGUGUUUCCUCUGUGACUCGGAGCUCAUGUACGUAAACUUACGCCUGCCUCGUGUACCCGAAGACGAACAGCUUCGAUCCGAUCGGUUCUACUUCCUCUUGCCACUGUCCGAAUCACAAGCAACACUUUCUCUUCAAGAAUUGUGUUCACUUGCCGUUAAAGCCAGUGAAUCACUAUCUCAUUUGAACACUGUUUACUCCUCACAAAGGCAUCAUUUCAUGUUAGCUAGAGUCCAGAAUUUAGACAUUGAAUUAACAUUUAACGUCUAA